AUGACUGAAACUUCAGGUAACAGCGUGCCCUUGGGGGCAAGUGUGUUUGCUGCAGCAACUUUAGUGCAGUCAUUUUCGGGUGAUGGGCAGGGUCCGUCAAUUUCAGAGUAUUUUGAUGUUAUCGAGCUGAUUGCUUUCAUGUCCGCAUGGUCCGACACACAAAAGCUCGGACUGUCGAAGUGUCGAAUGUCAGGUGCCGCUUAUGAUUUUGCAUGGAAGGAUGUACGUGCUAAGAGUGCGAAGACCUACGAGGAAUUCAAAAAGGUCGCUGUCAGUCGAUUUGAUACCGAAACGGAUUCCGUACGUCGUCGUAAAUUUCUGGAGGCAAAGCAAGGGCUAAACGAGGACGUCAGGAAAUUCGCGAGCAGAAUACAGAGCCUCGCCUACGACACGUUAAGGCCGUCGGGUGACAGCAAAAAUGCCGAGCGUGAACGUUAUGCGCGCGAAAUUUUGGAAGAUGAGUUGCGGACACAGUUUGUCGCGGGACUGCGCGAUCCUGUGCGGCGUUUUGUUCUCUCUAAAAAGCCAGCCGAGUUUGACGACGCGGUACAGGCGGCAGCCGAUGAGGAGGAAAAUGAGAUCGUUUCUGGGGCAUCGGAGCCUGUGCGUGUGUUGGAGCAUCACGAAGAGAACGCGGGGAGCCACGCUUUAGUUUGGCUGACCGAGAGACUCUCCAGGCUUGAAUCUUUGCUAUCGCGGAACGUGCAUGUUGAACGGCGUGCUUUCGAGGGGGACACCACUGGAAAUGCUAGUGCACCCCGAAGCCGCCAAUUCAGGGGGCGACGAUUCAUGGGGCAACGGCGUUGCUUUGCCUGCAACGAGGUUGGACAUUUUGCGAGGAACUGCCCCGGGGUUCGGCCGACAGUUAGUAACAUUCCCCCCGAUUAUAUCCCAGCAGCCAGUGCACCUCGGACCUACCACGAAUGGGGCGCACAACAAAAAAACGCGUAA